GGAUUCUAUAACAACAAAAGACUCAGCCGGGAGCUGAGACGGGCCGACGCAACAGGGAGCCUUGAAGGAACUAAGACGAUUGCCGCCCUGCCACCUACCUCAGUAGCCGCCGUCCAGCUUCGUUCUGCCCCAACGUUCGCAGACGGUUUGGCGGCUGCGGUGGGCUGAUCGAGUUCCAUUCUCUCAUCCUUCCGUGGACAAGGAGCCGUCUCCCCCUUCUGCAAAGCUGUAAACAACCGGACCGGUGGCGAGGCGAGGCGUAACGCCGCAAUAAAAGUAGUUCCUCUUCCAUCCCUCGCUUUUCCCUCCAGAGCCGCGUCCUGAGAAGCCCGCUGGCGGCUUCGAGCUCGCUCGAGGAGUGUAGCGGCGGCUCAUCGCAACCACUUGUGGCGCAGGUCUCUUCGCUCUAGCUCCAGCCCCGCGACCUGCUCGCGUUUCCUCGGAGGGAGCGCCAGGCAGGUUUUUGUAGCAACUGUUUACAAACCAUGCCUCUCCUCAGCUGAUAAAAGUUUUUAUGCACUUUAAUCUUCUAUCUGCACCCUAAACUUUGAUUGGUACGCUGUGGAGUGGUACCUCAUCUUGUGGGCGCAAACAAGUGCUAGCCAGAGUCUUGUUUCGUCUUAGUAAUGUUUCAGAGGCUGAAUAAUAUGUUUGUGGGAGAACUCAGUAAUUUGCCCAGCCAAGAACCAGAGUUCAGUGAGAAAGAAGAAGAAGAGUGGAUUCUGGUAGAUUUUAUUGAUUCCUGUUCAAGCUUCUCUACUGUUGAUGAAGAAGAAGAGGAGGAAGUGGAUAACAUCUGCAAACCCCCUCCUGAUGACCACUCGCCUAUCUUCUCUUGUCUGCCUGAUUCCUUGGACUGCUUGGCAGAUGCCAGUGAAUCCUGCUUCAUCCAAUUAGACUCAUGCCCCCUGGAAGAAAGCUGGUUCAUCACUCCCCCUCCAUGUUUUACGGCAGGUGGUUUAACCACUCUCAAAGUAGAAACCAGCCCACUGGAAAAUCUGCUCAUUGAACAUCCCAGCAUGUCUGUAUAUGCAAUCCAUAAUAACUGUCAUAACCUCAACAAGAACAAUUGUGAUGAAAAAGAAGAACAGGAGGAGGAAGAGGAGGAGGGGGAGGAGGAAGUGGAAUCCCGUGAUGAAAGCAAUCAUAGAUCUGAAGCCCAAAGCAAAAUGGGCCAACACGUCCAAUGCUACAUUGCUGCACUUGCUGCUCAUUCAACCAAGAGUUUUUGUCCUUCCCAGUGGAUAAAAGAGUUCAGUGAAAGACAGUCCUUGAAGAGAAACUGCCUCCGUCGCCAAAAUCUAACCAGAGAUCCCUACACACGGCAACUCAAGAACAGUGGAUUUUUUGUUCACCAGCCUUGCCAGCGUCAGUAUAAUUACUGAGAGUGUUUUGCAUUUUUCUCCCCAGAAAUAAUAUUGGCUAACUAUUGUGAGACAAUGAAGGUGAGAACUGUCUUAGGAUGCUCAUGAAUUGUUUUUACACAAUCACUGAGUGUUACAAUUCAGUUGAAAACCACUUUGAUUUCAGCGUCACAAAAUGCCUUUUCAAUGUUUGGUUUGUAGCUGGUAAACAUAUAUGCAGUAUGUGUAGUAAUGUUUGUGUGAUUGUGCCUCUUUGCCUCCCUUUGUGAGACUUUAUAAAUUUUAUUAGGUAUGGAUGGGUUUGUUUGUUUUUUAUAUUAGUAUUUUACAGCCAAGAUAUAAGGCAUCUUUCAGCCAUCUUGUAGUUACAGAAUUUCUCAGGGUCACCCAUACACUUGCAAUGAUCUGUGUAUACUGUAGAUUGUCUUUUAAAAUAUUAACAUAACCAUCAAAAUACAGUUGCCUGAAUGGCAUUAUAUUCCUAAUAUGGAAUUUAUUUUCUAUGUAGCAGUAGAGGGAAGGUGAAGAGGAAAAAUGUGUAACCUGAUAUCUUUCUACAUAGCUUUCAAAAUCUCUGGUUUAAUAUGGUUUACUAGUUUCUUGUGCAAAGAAGGUAUUUUCUGGAAUGUAACAGACCUACAAGUGAAGAUCAGUGUGAACUGAUCUUUGAGUAUGUGUUUUGAGUAUAUGUUCUAGUCAUCCUAUUCUUAAAUGAUGGGGAUGGUAGUUCAAUAUAUCUAGCAUCCAGUUUGGGAAAGACUACUUUGAAGAACAAUAGUAAACUUUUCAUAAAAGCAGUGAUAAGCCAUAUUGAUCCUUUGGGGGAAAAUCCAAAAUCUUAUUACGUACUUGCUGAUAGUUAAAGACCAUUGAAAUUUAACCAAACAUUUUCUAGAAUUCUCAAUCAGGUAAGAAGCUACAAAAGUGAAAUAGGGAGGAUGUAAGAAAGUUCCAAAAUUAGGCCAGAUGUCUCAAGUUUGAGACUUCAAGUUUAAAGUCAGCCCCAAGAUGGCUAUAGACUGAGUAUAGAUUCAGUGUUGUAUUUUAUUGGUUUCAGGUUACACCUGAUCUCCACAGACAAAGGAGAUGUUAUGAAAACACAAAGAUUAUUAGUGUGGCAAAGAGCAGAUAAAAUGAAACAUUCCUUAUUGUCAACAAAGCUAAUGAAUAAUUUUUCUUGGUGCAUUGGUCUAAAGUCAAUUACGCAAAACAAUCUAAUGUUACUUAGACUAUUUUAUAACACAACAUUUAAUCAAAGGUUCUGGAAACCUGUUGAGGUUAAUAGAGCUGAAAUGCAUAAGUCUUCUGCCCUGGUUCGUUUGAAUGAUUGCCCGUAUGAGUGUUACAUUUUUUAAAAUCCUGUUUUAUUUAACUAUGAGGUGUAGAAUGUUUUUUCUUCAGGUUUUAUUAAUUGUGGUUAGGCCAAAAGCUGCACCUCCAAUUUUGAACUGAUUUAUAAGCAUGAUCUGCCACAUUUCAGUCCAUUAGAUUCAAUCUACAUCAGAUUCAUGAAAAUUGUAUUUUUUUUAAAGAACUGCAAUUCACCACUGCCUUCUCAAAAUUCAGUACGGGAAUAUAGUUUAUAAAAGGAAUGAAUAAUUGCUGAAGUAGAAAUCUGAAAUUUCUCUGUUGUUUCUUAGGCAACCUAAAUUUGUCACUGUGUAACUGUAUAUUCCUCACUUAAGCUUAACUAACUUUUCCUUGUUAUUCUAAAAAAAAAAAGAUUCAUGCUUUUAUACAGACAAUAUUUGUCAAAUACCCCAAAAGAAAAGUCCAAAGAAUUACAAGCAAUUUAAAACCACAGAUGGCAAAGUCCAGUAGCUUUUUGUUUGUUUUCUGGUUGUCCCCAUGUUUUUUUGAAUUUGCCAUUUGGCUUCCAGGAUUCAGGAGAUAUGUUUCUUUAUUAAAUUUCUGUGAUCUGAAUCUUGAAUCCUGUCCCUCAGUUUCUAAAAACUGCAAAGGCAUUCCUUGUUUUAGUAGUCACUCAGGACCUCUUAUUUGUCAAAUUCACAGCACCAUCACUGUAUUUUUUUCUAAAACUCAGGAACCCGUUUCAUGUUUGGCUUGGAUUUUAAAUGGAUUAAGUGAAAUAACGUACUGUACCAGCAAGUAACUCUUAGCCAUCUUCAUCUUUUUUUCCCGAGAAAAUAUUGUAUUCUCAUUGUCUACUUUUAGGAAUUUUAAAAUAAAGGCCACAUUUAUUUCUGAAUUCCUGAUUUAGCAAGAAUUUGAAGUUAAGACUUCUAAUUGAGAGGUACAGUUGCUGCCUUUACUGGAUAACUUGCUAGUGAUGGGGAAAUAGAAAUACCUGCUUUUCAGUUUUUAAUAUUGGAAAUAAUGCUAUGGUGAAAGGAAUUUUUACACAUACAACUUUAAACCUGACUCUUUUCUUGUAUAUUUAUAUAGCUUGUUUUAUUAUGUGCCUGAAACUAUUAGAGUAUUAGAAUUUGCUGUUUUUCAAACAAUGUGUGUUUUGUGGUUAGAAUAUGACUUUUUAUAUAUCUGUAUCUUUUUUCCACAAAAAACAAGUGUAAUAACUUGUAAAAAUGAAGGCCUUGUGCUAUGUUGAGUGGUAUUUCAAUAACUUUGCUGGAACUGUUUUAUACAUAUUAUAAACAAAACUGUGCCUUUUUCAAUGACUUGUACACACCAGACUUGAAUUUGAAGAUACAAAAAAGAGGCUUUCUGUUUGGAUAAAUACUGUAUAUCAGCCUAUGCGUUCUCAAUGGCAGCUUGUUUGUGGAGCCAUUUUCCUUGUAUCUGUGGCAGAACUUUUGGUAAGCAAGAUUUGGCCAUCCUGUUGAUACCAUAUACAGGUUACAGUACUUAACAUUUCAAAAUGAUCAGAGCCUGAACAGUUACUACACCCCGUUCUUAUCCUGGAAUGAGAAGGGAAUAUGCCUUGUUAGUUAUGAAAUCCCAUUGUCUAAUGACAGUUGGUUUUGAUAUAGUACCGUUUCCUUAAUUGAUUCGCCUACAGCAGGGAGCAAUGGAGCACCUUCAGAAGCAAUGAGUUAGACUUCAGAUUCAUAGUUUCUUUGGCCCUUGAUCAUGUUGGCUGGAGCUGAGGACUGUUGGAGUUCGAGCUGACCCAUAAGGAGGUCAUAAUGUUGCUUGUCUUUCUGCUCCAUCAUAAUCUGCAGUUCUGAUCUCCACCAAUGACAUGUCAUUUGAUAAAAACUGUUUGACUACUGUGGGUGAGCAAGGAAGGUCAUUUUUCUCAUGCCAUUCUAAUGCUUAAACUUUUUGAUUUUCCAGUCAUUUAAAACUUAAACAUUUUGCUUCUGCUUAUUUAUUCAUUUACCAAACACACUUUAUUGCCUUUAUAUUGGUGAUAAGCGCAAAAUGCUGCAAAACAGGCCCUUGUUAAAACAGGACAUCAGACCUGUCACUCUUCAGAUGGAUUAAAAGGCGGGGGGGGGGACUUUUAACAAGAUUUUAAAAACUGUUCAAACUCAACCAGUUACUCAAGUUUGAUGGAUUUCUAGCCUGUUAAUUUUCAGUUUCUUUGUAUAGUCUAUUUCUUCCCAUUCUUGUAUCUCCAUGUGAGCAAUUAACUCUGGUCCAGAAUAGGAAUCUAAUACAGGAUAAUUGAAAAUGAAUGACAAAAAGAAAAUUGAUUUCAUCUAAUUGUUUUUCCACUCUUUUCGUUUUGAAAAUGCAUGGGACUCAUUUUUCAUUCAUUUUUACAAUGAUCUAUUCCCAUGAAGAAGACAAGUUUUGCAAAGUAACUGUAUAUUUUAAUGUGUAUGCACAAAAAGGUAAUAUUCCCAUAUUUCGAAAACCAGAGUGGUUAGUAGAAGUUUUCCACUGUCCCAAUUUAUUAGACUCAGAACACAUAGCAGGCACUUUAUGGUUAUGUCUACAUACAGUACUGUGCUAGGCUAGGAGUAAGCAGUUUCUGGUCACAUGUCUAUCAUGCUUCGUUUGGAGUCUCUUUUAAGACUAGCUGCCGAAAUUUGGUGGCUAGGUUUUUUGCUGAACAAUACAAUGGAAUCAAAGCAUUUACCUCCCAGUGGCUGCACACUUCCUUAAAUGCAUCCAAACCACUAAAUCCUACCAACAAAUGGUUCAACAACUUUUGGCCAUGUCCUAUCAUGUGAUGUUACAUUAACAGAACUUCUCCUAUUCUUUCAGGAUGAUGUCUUAAGAUUGCUGCCUAAAGAAAAGUUGGAUACCAGUGUGUUUGUCAAUACUACAGUUUAGUUUGGCUUAUCCUAUGAAACAAAUCCAUUGAGCAGUUUAACAUGUAUGAAUCGCUCAAUCUCACCUGGGGAAAUUGGUGUCUUUUGAGUUUUCUUUGUAGGCUGUUUUUUUAAAUUGAUAUAUUAAUGGUAAAAUAUUGGCACUGUAUUUCAACACAUUAUCAAUGUAAAUUGUUGCAUUUUAUUACACUCAAAGAAUAGCCAGACCAGGAAUUUUGUAAUGAAGGCCUUUCAGAUCAGUUUCUCUCCCAUCUAUUCCUUGUGUAUGUUAUAUUUUGGGCAACAGCAUCAUUGUCAUUUGGUCAUGGUUUGAAUUCCUUUGGGCCACAGUGCAGGUCUAUACUGCACUGCAAUUUCUUCUGUGAAUUCAUCACAUUAACACUUUGCCAGUUGUGAUAGAGGCACAGAUAUUUUCACAUCUAAUUUUCUGUCCUGCUUUAAUAGGUAGCAAUCUAACAGGUCAAAUAAAGGGAUUUAAGGGUCUCCAGAAAAAAAAGGGAAAUUAAUUAUAGUAACCCAUCUAUAUAACUUAAGUAUUUUGUUUCAUAAUGUGCUCUGGAGAAACAGUCAAUAAAAAGGCCAAUUGAUAAAAAGA